GUGAAUCAAAUAAUAAUCAUGGGAGUGUUAAUGGCGUUACAAAUAAUGAUCAGGAUAAAUUAGAUGAAUCAAAUGUACUUACGCCAAUCGAACGUGAUUUUGCACGAUCGUGCCGUGAUUUAUAUUUUGUUGAUAGUGUUCUGAGCGCAUACAUGAAAUUGGAGGAUCUCCAAACCCAACAGCAACAACACCCUUCUCCUGCUGAGUCAAGCCUAUAA